CUUUAUCAGGGAGCUGGGACUGAGUUCCUGCCACCUCCCCAGAUCCCCUCCACUCUGUGUCUCUCCUCGCAGCAGCAGCAGCAGCGGCAGCACUAGUGUGUGGGGAGCAGGCAGUGCUACCAGUCGGCUCCCUGAUCCUGCCAGACCGCCCAGCCCUGGGCACAGAGCUGCUCCACAGGCACCAUGAGGAGCGCCCUGCUGUUUGCAGCCAUCCUGGCCCUCAGCCUGGCUCAGAGCUUUGGGGCUGUUUGUGAGGAGUCACAGGAGCAGGUGGUGCCCAGCGGGGGCCACAGCAAGAAGGACUCGAGUCUCUACCAGCUGCCCCCGUCGUCCUUGCUCCGGAGACUCUACGACAGCCGCUCAGUCUCUCUGGAGGGAUUGCUCAAAGUGCUGAGCAAGGCUAGCCUUGAUCCUAAGGAAUCAUCCCUUCCCCAGAAACGUGACAUGCAUGACUUCUUUGUGGGACUUAUGGGCAAGAGGAACAUGCAGCCAGAUACUCCUACUGAUGUGAAUCAAAAGAACAUCCCCAGCUUUGGCACCCUCAAGUAUUCUCCUGAUGCAGAAUGA